AUUUUUUUCAGUCUAUCUUCGAGGUUUGAAGACCGAAAAUCAGUAAAUCUUAAACAUACACAAAAGGCGGAAUAAAUUAACAUAUCAAGCUGGCUCACCAGUUUUGGUUUUCGUUUCCCCCGCCGGGAGCACCGGGAAGCUCAUCAACAGGGCCAACCGAGGAGGAAAAGCAAAAGGAGCGGCAGAAGAAUGAAAACGCUGAACGAGAGCAGCAGAAACACCAGAAAAUAGAGGCUGCUAUCUUCAAGCGUGAGGCUCGCGAGGUCCGUCAACUGGACAAUGAAUUGUUGAAUCAACGCAGAGCCCAGGAGAGGGAGCGCCAGGCUCAGCUUGGUUCUGAACGGCAGGCUGCGGCACUGGCCAGCGCUACAAAGUCUGACGGAUCGCAACCGUCAACCACCGCAGCAGCACUUUCGACGGAUAUCAAAUCGCCCAAUGAACGAUCGCCUGGCGCCAAAAGCUCGGACAACAGCGCAGCGAUGUCACAGAAGGAUUCUGCCAAAUCAACUCAAGGACAAAGUGAGGAUGACACACAGCAGAAAGCAUCCCCUAUGAAUGUGGCCAUGUUCAACAAAUCAUCCAAUUUGGAAUAUCAGGAAACAUCGCCGGCAAUACCUUUUGAAUUCAUACAGAACCGUCAAGAUUCAACGGAGAGUGAAUUGUCAACGACUUAUUCCCAAUCUCAGUCGGAGGCUUAUCAAAAGUUAAUGUGUCGUGCUCCAAUUGCAUCGCUAGAUUGUAUGGAGGAAUUCAGUGGUACGACAGCUCAGCUAGAUUUCGGACGCUCGAUUAGUUUGGGUUCCAAUCCAGCUAUACCGGCUCGUAACAAUGCUACAACAACGCCCGGACUGCGUUACAAGAAUCUCGGCAAAAGUGGCCUUCGGGUGUCGAAUGUUGGCCUCGGAACAUGGCCAAUAUUUUCACCUGGUGUUUCGGAAGAGCAGGCUGAAGCGAUCCUCCGGCUAGCCGUCGAUAGCGGAAUAAACCUAUUCGACCUUUCGGAGGCGCAUUCAGGUACCCGAGCUGAAAUUGAAUUGGGUAAAAUAAUCCAGAAGGCAGGAUGGAAACGAACAAGUUUCAUCAUUACGACCAAAAUCUAUUGGAGUACCAAGUCCGAAGAACGCGGUUUAUCCAGAAAACACAUUAUAGAAAGUGUACAGGCUAGUCUGCAGCGAUUGCAGUUAUCGUACAUAGACAUAAUUUUGAUUCAUAAGGCUGAUUCAAUGUGCCCAAUGGAAGAAAUAGUUCGAGCAAUGAACUACGUCAUCUCCCAAGGAUGGUCUAUGUAUUGGGGAACAGCACGAUGGUCUCCAGUUGAGAUAAUGGAAGCAUACACAAACUGCCGUCAGUUUAACUGUGUUACGCCGAUUGUUGAGCAGGCAGAAUACCACAUGUUCUGCCGGGAAAAGGCAGAGCUGUAUUUGCCAGAAAUGUACAACAAGAUUGGGGUCGGUUUCAUGGCUUGGGGCCCCCUUUCGAUGUGCUUGGGGGAUACGCAAAAUGGAGAGCGUUUGUGGCUUCCGAAGGGUUCGUUCAAAACCAAAAGCCAAAGCUACUCCUGGACAGAAGACGAGGUGAACAAAGAGGAACGGCUGGAGGAAACUCGGCGAAUGUACGAUAAAGCCAGAGAUAUCAGCAUACUGGCGGAAAAGCUGGGAUGCAAUGCGAUGCAGCUUUCGAUCGCAUGGUCGUUGAAGCAUGAACCCGUGCAAUGUUUACUUCUAGGAGCCACUUCGCCCGAGCAAUUGCACCAGAGUCUGCAGGCGCUGCAGCUUCUGCCGCGUCUUUCAACUGGCGUUAUGUUGGAGAUAGAACGGAUUUUGGAGAAUAAACCCGUUAGACCACCCCCGAUAUCGACACUCGCGCUUCGGUGACAAUCAGCCUGCCCCCCGGGGCCUCCUAGUUUGACGGGAGUGCCUUGUGGGGCAGAGUCACCCAAAGAGGAAGACAUCAGCAUGGGCGAGGAUCAAAAGGAGUCGCAGAAAAUUAGCUUUUGUGAAAUUCAGUGACAACAGGGGAAUUUAGACAGCAACAAAUUUUCCUCCUCGAAAUCCUCAAAGUAUUCCGAGAACCCCAAAGCCGGCAGUAGAAAGGAUACUGUUAAGUAUGCAAAAGUAUCCGAGUCUACCAGUAAUUUAGAGAUUUCCCUUUUGUCCAGUACUCGCUUAGAUAGUAAUCCGACUAACAUUAAUAAAUAUGAUAAUAAAAAAACGAAAGAUAAUAAGAAUGCACGCCAAUUAGAUCGCAAUAAGUCAAUUGAUACAAUGAUAGUCAGCGCUAAUGAGCGAGAGGAAAAUGCAAAAAAUUGCAAAGCUAAAAUUCGUCGCAACUCGAGUUUGAUUAGUUUUAAAUCGUUGGACAUAAGCCUCAAGUCUAUUUACUCCUCACUGAAGGGACACAAGCUCAGCGCUGACAAGGGACGCAACGAGACGGUUACGGCUCAAAAGGGAGGCUGUAUCCUCCGAGCGCCCUAUCUCAAAGUAGAAACGGUUGAAACUGACGAAUCUCAGAAGCUACUCCUAACGUACGCUCAAUCACCGGGAGGCUCACAGCAUAGAAGAAGCUUCGACACUACUAGCUCGCAAUAUCUUAGCACGCAAACUAAUUACCAAGAGUUAACGCAAUCUCCACAUGGCAGUUCGCCGUAUCUCUCCGUAAGUACCGGAAAUAUUCGACGCUCGUCCACGUCCGACAUUCUCGGCAGCAGUAGCAGCAGUCGGAAGGGCAGCAUCCAGCAAUCUUCAUGCGGAUCGGUUCUGGACAGUCGUAAACCCAGUACAUCCGAUAUGCUUCGCAAGGCUCGUGAACGCAAGGGAAGCGAAGGCAAGAUCGGGCGCAGUAUAUCACAAGGUGGCAUCGCCAGGGGUGGCCUCAGAAAUCGACGCACUAGCAUGGCAUAUUGAUAAACAUUGAUAAUACAGAUAUAUAAUAUUGCUAAACAAUAGUAGGGCUUUAGUUUAAUGAUAAAACUACAAUUUGAAUCAAACAAUUUUCAAAUAGAUAAUUCACUUCUUUUUCGGUAGACGACACGGAAGACAAAAAAAACGACUUUAAUAAAUCACAAAUUGCCAAUCAAACCAUAAGGAAACAACUUCUAUCUCACACCAAAUUUUUCAAUCCGUUAUUUACAAAUAUCUAAUGAAUGCAAAUCAAAUAUGCGUCUGUUUCAUUAGUUGUUUUUAUACUCAUAAACUAUGGAGAACUUUAAUAUUUAUCAAUAGCGAUUGCAAUAACUAGAUAGCUAGCACUGUUAAAAUGUUGUUUUCCCUAAUGUUACAUUGUGCCCGAAAGAGUUUAUGAUUUUUUAGUGUUAUACCUAAUCGUAGUUUUUUUCCGUAGGCAUUUGUUUCGAGAGAGAGAGAGAGAGAGAGAGAGAGUCGUUUGGUCGAACCGAAUAUGUUAUCCAGGUUUUGCCUUUUCUCAGUGAUCAACCCUUUAGGAGGCAAGAAGCAAAACUGUUCACUAUCUUAAACUGCAUUGUACUUAUACAAUAUACAACUGUUACUGUAACUACAUCUAAAUUAUCACAACCGUGUGAUGCCUUGUUUACAAGUUUGUUGCUUACAGUCCAAAAUUUGUUGAGCUUGGAGUAGAAAAACUAUACCGAUAGCUCUAGGGCAAGAAGUAGACAUUUUAAAUCACGUUUCAAAGUCCUUUGAUAUCUCGUUUUUUCGCUUGUCGCGAGUGUGCUAUACUCAGCAUGCCUCAAAUACUAGAGAUUCUAUAAUGAAACUUUAUUCUACAAAAUUAAUCACCACAUUUCCAGUUCCUCAUUUAUAGUAAAUUUUUAUAAUUAAGGCUCUCAGGAUCAGAGGGGUGCAAGUGCCAAAAUCAUCAAUAUUGAGUUAAGUAUACCUAACGAUUCUUCAUGUUUCAAUGUACUUCGAUGCAAAACUGAGAUUUUUUUAUAAUUUUUUUUGAACACUCUUCUUUCGAUUGAAUUAAAACUGCUCGAAUUAGAAAAACAUAUAACAAAUCGAGCACCUUCACAAACUUUGACAACAUUUAGGCACUUGCACCCCUCUGAGCCCAAAGGUCUCAAUUUAGUCCGGUGGUUUCUGAGAUAUACGGUGUCAAAUAUUUGUAUUUCCCGGCAGUCCUUAAUGUGUUAAGAAGGCAAAAUAAUAACCAAUGUAUAUCAAAAUACAGCGUGAGUGGUGAAACUAUCAAUAUCUAGCACAUGUCAGAUGUUCGACCUGGAACGCUUGGAUCUAUAAAUUCAUUCGUUUUUGGCUACUUCAUACCUUAUCUAUACGGUAAAGUUUUAUUUAUUCCAGCGCUCACGAAGCAUCUCAAAAGGAAUGUUUGAAAUUGCAAUAACCUUUGAUUGUAAGCAAAUAUUUAUAGAAAAAAGCUCAAACUUUCGUAUGAAAACAAGAGUAUAGUUAGUUUGCAAUAUUGAUGUGUUAAAGAUAUGUUCAUCAAUGAUUAAACCCUACUUAAACAUCUUUAGGACUGUGAUUUCACAUGAACGAAAGUGUACACCAGUGUUCACAUCUAAUGAUUGCGAUUAGCUAUUUUUCUUGAUGUAAAGUAAGAAACAACAAAUAAAGACGAGUGGAAUGAACAUUUAUAUAUUAACACUACCAAGAGAUCACUCUUACUUGAUUAAAAAAAACCAAAAAUCGCACGAUACCGUCCAAAAUUGAAGGCACUGCAGAGGCGUGUAUCGUGAGUUGUUGGCAAACUAAAACCAAAACUUAGCUAAAGCAUUAGUUAUUCUAUAGUAUUUUUACAGAGUAAAACACAAAAAAAUCGAAUUAAGUAGUUAAACUGCUUGUCAGCAAAAACUUAAAUGAAUAUGGAACAGAAAACAAACAACAAUACAAACCCGCAAUAAUAUAUCGAAAUUUUGUAAAGCAAAAAAUUAAUAGAGACGAAAAAACAAAGCUCGGAAAGCAUAACUACCAGAUUAGCAGAACGCGCGGAUUGAACGAACUUGACACAACAUCUUUAACAAGCAUAAAAGAUUUAAUUCCAUCAAUGAACGAAAAAAUAGCUAUGCCAAAAGUGCAUCUUUUAGAUUAAAAUAAAAUAAUUCGUCAUGAUUGAAAACAAUGAAUAUAUGAAAAAAAAAAUCACGUGUAAAUUUAGCAAAUGUAAAACUUUGGUGGAGAAAUUAAAAAAAAAAAGGUCAAGCGAAAACGAGGAAGCCGCAUUUGAAUAGAACUAAGAUUGAAUAUUUUCAACUUCUAAUUUAGAUAUUAAAAACGUAAAUCGAAACAAAGACAAAUGAUUUUGCAACACCAAUUUAGUCAUUCAAAAUAUAAAAAAACAACAACUAGUACAUACAGUAAACCAAAUUUUGGCAAAAUCAAAUAAGCAAGACGAAACAUUGUAGCGUUUAGAAGCAGACAGUCUGUAAUCGCAAAGUGUUGGGCAAUGGAUGCGAGAUGUGCUGUUAAGCCAUAAACGCAGCCACAAUUCAUCUCUGAAAUAGGAACUAAAAUAGACAAAAUGCACAUUUGCGGAAUUGUGAUAUGGUUUACCUACUGGACAAAUUGAGAAACAACUUUUUCGUGGCUAGUUCUAUCAAUUAUGUUAUGUGCUCAUUUUUUUCACCCUUAAUGGAAUUGAAGGUUUACCGAAAAGGGCCACCUGUAACUUGCCCUCCAUUUAAAUUGUAAUGAUUUUGAUUGUUUUUUUAAAGGUAUCUUCAAAAAAUUUAUAGAACUUGUAUCAAAAAAAUGCUAUCUGAAGAAACAUUUCCCAUUUUUCAAUGAAAUUUAUAUUUUUUAUCUCUUUUUGAUCGUGGCUCGUUCUAGUGGGUUUUUGGAAUUAGAAUAUUUGUCAUAAGCUACAAGCUGAUUUUUUUUCUUUCAUACUGAACAAUGUAAGUUUGAUGACACCCUCAGUGUCAAGAAUAGAUUUAAGUUCAUUUUUUUCGUAACAGUACAGUACAGAGCAAAUGAACAGAGUUUGUUUGUAAAGCUCGCCCAAGUUGUCAUUCAUAGUGAGUAUCGGUUGAAAUAUUUAAUCAGUUUCUCGAAUGUUUCCUACUGCAACCAAAAUUGUUCACAGCCAAGCGAAAUCCAAGCGAUAGCAUUAGAAAACACACUUUAACACCAGUUGCUUAUUUGAUAAGAACAUUUCAUUAGCUAGUUUGUAAAAAUAAACAAAAUACGGAAAACAACUCACGAUUAAGUCACUUAUUAGAUACUUUGUUGCGUUUGUUAAGAAACCAUUUGGCAGACUCACUGCGCCGUUAUUCUGUAAUCCGUCACGGAUUUGUUUUCUGUUACAUUUAACAACAACGAUAUUUAGCAACUAAAAAGAUACACAUCUUCAAGCUCAGUGAAGUUGUAGAUAGCAGAAGUGAACUAAUAAUCUUUCUACCAGUCGACUGCAAGCAAUUAGUUUGAGGAUAACUCAAGUUUUCUUGGCAAUUGGCUUAACAUUUUAAGCGCUUACAGUACACAUCCGAGGGAAGCAAAAUUUAAGAAACCAACAAUAUCUCCUACUUUGUAAGCUGCAAACUGUAAAAAGUAUUUGAACAAAUCAAUAAAUGUAAACACACAAUAUUUACAUCAUUUAUUCAUCUAUUUAAAAAUCUAUUUAUCUAAAAAACGGAAAUAAUUUAUACAAAACAACAAUGUGAUAUGAUUGUGAAAAGCAAAAUACUAAUUUUAAACGCAGAUAUUUCGAUAGUCCAUGUUAUGAAAAAAGAUUUAGUCAUUCUCUCAAAAUACUAUCGUGGAGGGGGGGAGUUAAAAAAAAUUUGAAAUCAAAAAAUGACUCAAUCGAGCAUCGAGACGAAAAAAAUUGAAACCCCAAAUCUUAUUUAUUUCUCUUAAACUAAUAUUAAUAACAAUAGAUCUAUCUUUUUUACGAAUCUUGCCCGACAGUUUGUAUAAUACUAUCACACAAAACAACAAUUC